AUGGAGCCGCAAGAUCCCUCACCUGGACCGAGCACCGACGGUGGCAGCGUCAAGCCCUUCUCGUGCCUCGUUUGCCGCCAGCGCAAGGUCCGAUGCGACCGCGUUCAGCCGUGCGGCAACUGCAAGCGCGCCAGGGCCGAAUGCGAGUACGUGGCGCCGGUGCGAGGGAAGCGCAAGCGUUCGAAGCCGUCGCGCGAGACCCUGCACGCCAAACUUCGGCGGUACGAGGAGAUGCUCACGACCAGGGGCGUCGACGUCGGGGAGAAGGCGAGCACGAGGCGUGAAGAGGAAGUGGAAGGGGGAGGGGAUGAGGAUGGGCUAUCGGAGGGCAACGACACGGCGGAUUCACUUACGAGCUUUUCGGUAACGACGCCGGGCGGCGAGGCUGCUCCGUCGAUGGGGUUGCGAUCUGCAUUGAUCAGGACGCCGGGGUCGGGGCCGAAGCUGGUCAGCAAGGAGGGUAAUUCGAGAUACUACGAAAAUAGUACUCUGUGGACAGAUAUUACUGAUGAUUUUCGGCACCCUGAUGAAUAUGUCCCCGUUGGUGAUGACGACGACGACGAUGACGAGCCCGAAGCCGAUAUUUUCCUAGGAUCAAGUUCUAGCAACAGCUUCAAUGGUCAGCUGCGCGACUGGCAUCCCACGAUACACUGCUUGUAUGCCCUCCGGGAUAUAUACGUCGACAGAGUCGACCCGCUCAUGAAGAUUAUGCACAUGCCCACAUUUUGGGCGUUGGUACUGCAAGCGGCAGAACGAAAGGAGGAUGUUUCCAGACCAAUCGAGGCAGUGAUGUUUUGCUUUUAUUUUGCGACGAUCAGCGUCAUCGAAGAGAAGGAGUGCCAGAAGCUGUUCAACGAAAGCAAAAAGACAAUGUUCGCCAAGUACAGAGCCAUCGCGAGGCACACCCUCAAGAGAGCCGGACUGCUCAGUACAACUAGUCCUAUGACUCUAAGAGCAUUUUGCCUUUUCAUGAUGGGACUGCGCGGUACCAUGAGAUAUGAAUCUCAGCACAUCCUGUGCGGUAUUGCUCUGCGACUGGCCCAGAAGAUGGGUCUGCACCGCGAUGGAACGUCUCUCGGGCUGUCCAUUUUCGAAACGGAAAUGAGACGCCGCCUGUGGUGGUACGUUGCCCACCUCGACUUUCGCACCUCAGACUUGCUCGGCGCGAAGCCGUCGCUGGACAUCCACACCGGCGACGCCGGCCUGCCAUGGAACGUCGAAGACGAGGAUCUGCAGCCGUCCAUGACCGAGGUGCCCAAAGACCGCAAGGCCAUCACGUCCAUCACCAUGUGCCUCGUCCGCUGCGACCUCGCCAAGUCGCUCCAACGCCUCUCCGGCACCCCCGCCACGACCUCCGCCGCGUCCUGGGGCGACAUCGGCACCGGCUCCCGCGUGCCGCCCGCCGACAAGGACGCCCUCAUCGACGCCAUCGAGGACCGCUUCGAGACCAAGUACCUGCGCUACUGCGACCCCUCGCGCCCGCUCGACAUGCUCGUCUCGUGCAUGAUCCGCGCCGCCGUCUGCAACACGCGGCUCUUCGCGCACAACCCUCGGCGCUUCGCCGACUCCGCCGUCGCGGCCACCCCCGCGGAGCGCGACGUGGCCUUUCGCAACGCCGCCAAGCUGCUCGAGUACGCGUCCAUGGUGGGCGAGCACGCGGCGCUGCGCAAGUACGAGUGGCGCCUCAACUCGACCUACCUGUGGGACAAGAUCCUGUUCGUGCUAAUCGAGGCGCGCCGCCGGGGUGGUGACGCGGAGCUGGACGGCGUGUGGAGGCUGAUUGGGCGCGUGUUCGCGCAGUACCCGGACGCGUUCGGGCAGUCCUCAGCGAGGGCGGUGUACAGGGUGCUGAGCAGGUGGACGCUGGAGGUCUGGGACGGGUACGUGGCGGCGAGGCGUGCGGUGGCGGUGGCGGGGAUGCCGGAGCCGGAGGAGCCGGCGUACAUCAAGGCAAUGAGGGAGAAGAGAGAGGUGGCUGGGGAGGUUGCCGCGGCAAGGACGAGUGAAGGGGUGGUUGUCGAUACUGCAGCGCUGGGAAGCAGUGGUGGUGCUGCGCAGACUGCAGAGCCGCCGGCUGAGGAAGGAUAUAGCGGGUUCUCGGAUCUCGGAUCGUUUGAGAUGAAUCUGGACGAGUGGGUGAACUGGGACCAGCUGGUGUCUGAGCAGACUGGCUUUUUCCAUGUGGAGGGAUAUUGA